UUGUGUAUUCUUUACAAAUCUUGAAUUUAGAAUGUUUCCAAAACCAUCAUUCUCAACUCUAAGAGUUCUCUAAUUUAAUUACAAAUAAACCUGCGUUUCAUUGUGCUAUAGAACUACUCCAAGUUAAUUACAAAGUUCCGUAAGAAUUAAGAAGUUAAGCUGACUUUAGCAUCUAAACAUUUUCUCUUCUACUUUCCUUGAUCACAAACAAAUCAGAUUCUCUCCUCUCCUCCCCUCCGGAUCCCUAGAUAUGCAGCAAGACCCGAACUCCAGACCCGCCACCGGUUAUCCUUACCCGUAUCCGCCUCAACAACCCGCCAACGGUUACCCUCCCAACGCCGGAACCGCCUACCCCUACCAAAACCACAAUCCUUACUACGUGCCCCUUCAGCCGCCUAGUCUACGCGCCGUCCUAAUCUUCACCGCCGUCCUCCUCCUCCCCAUCCUCUCCAUCUUCUUCAUCUUCCUCAUCAUUGUCCGUCCCCAGUCACCGACCGUCUACCUCAACUCCCUCUCUGUCUCCAACUUCACCGUCUCCGACAACCGCCUCUCCGGGAAAUGGGACCUCCGUCUCCAGUUCCAAAACCCUAACUCCAAGAUGUCGCUCCACUACGACGACGUCCUGUGCACUCUGUACCGCGGCCGCGAGACUCUCUCCGAGACGCGUCUGCAGCCGUUCGAUCUAGGGACGAAGGAUCAGGCUCCGUUCAACGCGACGCUCUCCGUCUCCGGGACUUACGUCGACGGUCGGGUGGUUGAUUCGAUAGGGAAGGAGAGAGCCGAGAAAGGGAGCGUGGAGUUCGAUCUGAGAGUGGUUUCUUUGGUUACGUUCCGGUAUGGAGUGUACACGGGGAGGAGUUCCGAAACGGUUUUCUGCGAUGACGUGGCGGUUGGUGUCGGGGGUAAUAUUAGUUCGGGGAACAUGGUUGGUCCGGCUAUGAGAUGUAAACGGGAAAACGGCCGAUUCUUACACUGUUCUGCAGGUGAAACUCUCAUCGACCAACCCAAGCUCCUCGAGAAUUUACUACAGCGAGAUGAGUCUACACGUGCAGAUGGAAGAAAUUUUCGAGACAGAGCGGGUUUUAUUGCAGAGCACGGUACAAGCGCCGCAUGAACGUACCACGUGGACAGGUGUCGUAGCGAGAAAUAAUGUCAACAGCGACAAGCCUGACGGUACUUUUCAGAUGAGAGACGGUGUGGAAAACGGGGAUGUUAUUGCAGAGGUAAAGAUCCAAAAGAAUAUGUUGAUUUUUAAAUCGAAGAAGAGGAGAUUGCGCGUUACGUGUCCAGUUUUGCUCAACUUGAAAGACUUGACCGCAGUAGUCUCCAGACCUAUGUCUACUUGUCAGGUCCUUUAGCUCUUCGUCUUCAUUUUUACAAGUUUUAUGUAAAAGGUGUUUUUACUUUUUUUACUACGACAAAAGUUUAUUAAGAUGCAUUUUGUAGCAUAAUAAUUUUGAGGAAAGAGUUAUU